GACCCGGCAUCACGUGUUGGCCUCCAGUGGAUCCCUGUCCGAGGCGUGCAAAAUGAUGCGACGCCUCUACCCACUGGACAGUCCGUGUAUUGGCUACCGGAAAGUGCUUGAAGAGCAGGUGUGCACCGAUAGUGAGGGCAAUGCCGUACGACUGGACGGAAAGGUGUUGAGAAAGUUUCGGUUGAGUCCAUACGUGUGGAUGACUUACGGAGAGGUGUACGACAAAAUUGAUAGCAUUUCCCGGGGAAUGGUAUCCAAUGGGUUUCAACGUAAAGAUAAGAUUGUCAUUUUGUCGGAGACUAGCGCUGAUAAUCUCAUAUUUCUACAGGUGUGUAUGAAUAUUGGUGCAGUUAUUGUCACGGUUUUUGCCACACUGGGUGACGAGGGAAUCACUCACUGUAUAAACGAAACAAAGGCCACAAUACUAUACACGACAUAUGAUUUAUUACCAAAAGUGCAAAAUAUAUUGAAAAGUUGUCCAACAAUUAGCAAGAUUAUAUUCGUGGACAAUACUAAGCAUCCAAUUAAAACUACUAAUAAUAUUAAUUUCGAGCCACAUAUUAAAUUAGUAUCAACUAUAGAGUUGUAUGAUGCUGGCAAGCAAAUUCAAAUGGACCUGGAUGCAUGGGCAUGUGAGCCAAAUGAGUUACAAAUUAUAUGCUACACUUCUGGUACUACGGGUGUCCCGAAAGGCAUUGAAAUGACAUCGUAUCAGAUGAUUAGGGCCGGUAUCUCAACGUCGGCGGCGAUGCAAUACUUUUUCGAUGAGCCGGAAAGACACAUAUAUAUCGCAUAUCUGCCGCAAUCCCAUUCCCUUGAGCUGUCUAUCGAGACGUAUGCCUUUAUGGGAGGCCUUCGGGUGGGGUUCGCGUCGCCAUUCACUCUGAACGAGUCGGCCCCGGGUCUGGCAGAGGGAGAGACAUGCGAUCUAAAGCUACUGAGACCGACAACUAUGGUAACGGUGCCACUCGUGUUGGACAGAAUGCGAAAAGAGAUUUACCACAAACUGCGAGCCCGGACACCAGUGUCGGCGCCUAUAUUCACAUAUUUGAUAGACUAUAAGCAUCAUUGGAUGACCAAAGGAUACAACUGUCCACUCGUCAACCGACUCUUGUGCCCGAAAGUGACGCAACAAUUCGGUGGACGCCUGGAGUUUAUGGUUGUGGGCGGCGCUGCCCUAUCGCCAGACCUACAAAAGCUGAUAAAGUGUGCGCUAAACGUAAGGCUAGUCCAGGGCUACGGCGCCACCGAAACGUUUGGCGCCGCCAUAUGUAUGGACGACGUGGACCAAUCGCUGGGUCGGUGCGGCCCUCCCCUCAAAGACAUACACAUAAAACUGGACGACUGGCCGGAAGGGGGCUAUAAGGCGACGGAUCGGCCAAAUCCUCGGGGAGAGCUGGUAGUGGGCGGACCGGGAGUGGCGACCGGCUAUUAUAAUAAUAAGGAGCUGUCGGACGAGUCGUUUGAGACGUCGGGGGACGGCAUGCGUUGGUUCAGGACUGGCGAUAUCGGCGAAGUCUUUCCUGACGGGACGGUUAGGAUCAUUGAUCGCAAAAAGGAUUUGAUUAAACUCUCUAAUGGAGAGUACUUUUCGUUGGGAAAAAUCGAAUCGUAUCUAAAGAACUGUCAAUAUGUGGACAAUAUCUGCAUAAUUGGCCACAAGUUCUCAAACUAUUUAAUAGGAUUAGUGAUACCGAACCAGAAAUCUCUCAUAUCUUUAGCCACUGGCGAGAAAUUGUCUGAUCGGUCGCUACAAGAGUUGUGCAAAUGUCAACCGAUUAUAGACUGUAUCCACAAAGAUAUCACUGAAUCUGGUCUUCAGUACGGUUUGAAGAAAGCAGAAAUACCCACAAAAAUAAUGAUUUGUGCCGAUGAAUGGUCGCCAGACAAUGGGAUGUUGACGGCAGCCAUGAAACUCAAGAGGAAUAACAUUAUGAAGAAGUAUGAGAAAGACAUUGAAGUCAUGUUCAUAUAAGACCAUGAGAUCUAUCAUAAAGUCAUAAAGAAUUUGUGCUAUAAAUACAAGUGUUUUUGUUAUAAAUAUUCUGUACUUGUAUAAUUUACUUUUAAUGCUAUUUAUGCCAC